UUGACUUCACUAGAAAAAUUCAAGUUAGCAAAUAUUUUAUAUAAGAAAGUGAAAUGUAAACUUGCUUCAACUAUUCAUACAUGUGUGAGUAAAAUAUUCCCAUGUGUUUCAGAUUUCCGGUUUCCAUGGUUUUUAAUUAUUAUCUUUGGAAUAUUUGGGCUAACAGUGAUGCUAUUUGUAGUCAUAUUUUCUAAACAGCAAAGGAUUAAGAUGCUGAUUUUGCCCCCAGUACCAGUUCCAAAGAUUAAAGGAAUUGAUCCAGACCUCCUCAAGGAAGGAAAAUUAGAGGAGGUGAACACAAUCUUAGCCAUUCAUGAUAACUAUAAACCUGAAUUCUACAAUGAUGACUCUUGGGUUGAAUUUAUUGAACUAGAUAUUGAUGAUCCUGAUGAAAAGACUGAAGGAUCAGACACAGACAGACUUCUAAGCAACGACCAUCAGAAAUCCCUAAAUGUCCUUGGGGCCAAGGACGACGACUCGGGCCGAACCAGUUGUUAUGAACCCGACAUUCUGGAGACUGAUUUCAAUGCCAAUGACUUAGGUGAUGGUACCUCAGAGGUGGCUCAGCCACAAAGGUUAAAAGGGGAAGCCGAUCUCUUGUGCCUUGACCAUAAGAAUCAAAAUGAGUCACCUUAUCAUGAUGCUUCCCCUGCCAUUCAACAACCCAGCAUCAUCCUGGCAGAGGAAGAAGACAAACCACAACCACUUCUCAUUGGUGAAACUGAGUCAACUCACCAAGUUGCCCCUACUCAGAUAAGCAAUCCGAAUUCACUGGCAAACAUUGACUUUUAUGCCCAGGUGAGCGACAUUACACCAGCAGGGAGUGUGGUCCUUUCCCCGGGCCAAAAGAAUAAGGCUGGGAUGGCCCAGUGCGACACGCAUCUAGAAAUGGCCUCACUCUGCCAAGCGAACUUCAUCAUGGACAAUGCCUACUUCUGUGAGGCAGAUGCCAAAAAGUGCAUUGCUGUGGCCCCUCAUGUGGAGGUCGAGUCACAUGCAGAGCCAAGCUUUAACCAGGAGGAUAUUUACAUCACCACAGAAAGCCUUACCACUACUGCUGGGAGGUCUGGGACAGCAGAACAUGCCCCAGGUUCUGAGUUGCCCGUCCCAGACUAUACCUCUAUUCAUCUAGUGCAGUCUCCACAGGGCCUUGUCCUCAAUGCGACUGCCUUGCCCUUGCGGGACAAAGAGUUUCUCUCAUCGUGUGGCUACGUCAGCACUGACCACCUGAACAAAAUCAUGCCGUAGCCUUACUUUGAUUUCCCAAGAAUAACAUACUGAAUCGCCAAGAAUUGGCUGGGGCAUGAAUGCUGAAACCAAAACAAUCUUUAAACAUUUGGGGGGAGACUGUGAGGGUGGGUAUGGAUUCAAAUGCCUUUUCCUGAAAUGUGGAAAUGUUAUUAAAAGGAAAAUAACAAGAACAUUUAAUCAGAGAGAUAUUCCCGUUGUGAAUUGUAAAUAUUUUAAAGAAUUGUCUCAAAAGACUCUUCAAUAGCAGUGAUUGUCUUAUUAUUGUGGGUGUUAAUUUUGUGAUACUAAGCAUCGGAUGGCUACGUUUUUAAUGUAUAGUAAAUUGUGCUUUUUGAAAAAGCAAAAACAAUCAGGUGGCUUUUGCAGUUCAGGAAAUCAAAUGCAAAUCAUAGCACAGGCUAAUUUUUUUUUUCUUUUUUUAAUAAUUGGGAAGUAAAAAUCUAGGCAAGAAAGCAAAAGUAGUUUGGAUAUGUAAAACAUUUAUUUUGACAUAAAAUUGAUAAAGAUAUUUUUAAUAAUUUAAACUUCAAGCAUGGCUAUUUUAUAAUACACUACACACUGUGUACUGUAGUUCACAAUGACCCCAUCUAAGGAAUGUAGUAACUACAGUCUAAAGCUGGUUUAAUGCUUCAGUCAAUACACCUGAAGAAAAACAGACAAGCUAGUUUUUUACAAGUCCCUUUUUUAUACCUCCCCAAAGUUCUUAAGUAAUUCUAAGAUCUCUAAUAACCUGCAUUAUUGGAAUAUACUCAUUUUAACUGAAUUUUUAAACAGAUAUUUUUAAGUUAGAAAACUUUUAAAUGUUUACAUGGAUCAAUGCACCAUAAACCAAAAAACAGGAAGGAGGAAAAAUACAAAAACAAACAAACAAACAAACAAAAAACCCUUCUUUACCAAAUUUCAGUGCAAGCCAGAGAGCUAAUGCUAAGACAAGUAGAAGUUACAGCUGGCUCCCCUGGUCCAGGCUGCUGACGUGCAGAAGUGCACGUGGUAUGAAUUUUUUUAGCACACAGAUCAUGAGAAAUAAGCUCCAAAACCUGCAAUGGUAUCUUUUCAAACACAGCUUGGUUUCAUUUCAUAGUUACCUAAAAGAAGAAUAAAGUAUAAGCAGCAUUUUGUAAGUAGAAGCAGAUCAAAUGAAGUUAACUGAACAAUGGAACAGAAAGCUUAAGAAAUAGGUUUUUGUUCCAUAGUCUAUAGCUGAGGACACAUUCAUUAUUUGUGGUAACAAGGGACAGAUGGUAAGCAAGCCAAAAGAGAACUCAAAAUUAAUCAAACCAAUAGAAGAAGCUUUCUCACCAAGCCUAAUAGGAUUUACUUAAAACUGUAAAAUAAGUUUCAUCAUUUGUUAUUUCCCCUUUGAGAGGAUUGGCCUCCAACCAGGUAGUCAGAAGAAAAUGAAGGAGCCUAAGUAAUUUAUCAAUUAUUUUCCAAUUCUUUAACAACCUAAACAUUAUCCUUUGGAAUAGCUCCCCUAAAGGUUUAUGAAAGAGAAGAAUCUCAUCUCACUGAAUAUGUCUCACUUUACGUAUUUUUUUAAAAACACUUUAAACUUUAAAAUUAGUUCUACUUGCCAUUUAGCUCAAGACCUUUUGGGGAAGCAAGCUUAAUGGCUGGCAGUUCCCUCUUUCUUACGGAAAAGUGAAAAAUCUAGAAUUGGGUGUUUAAAGUUCAACAUGUUACUUCGUGAUAGAUGUUUAAUAGAUUCUCUGCUACCUUGCUGCUAUGGUUUUCUCUAAAAGCUACAAAAUUUAGUUUCAUAUAAAACAUCAUCAAUGUAGAGCCUAAUUCAACUUAAAGCUGUGUUUUUGGAAGAAUUAUAUUACUAUUUCACAAUAGGCUGACCACAUUUCUAUAGCCAAAAAUAGCUAAAUACCUCAAUCAGUCUCAGAAUGUCAUUUUGGUACUUUGCUGGCCACACAAGCCAUUAUUCACUAGUAUGACUAGUUGUGUCCUGCAGUCUAUAUUUAACUUUCUUUAUGUCUGUGGAUUUGUUCCUUCAAAGUUUAAUAAAUUUAUUUUCUUGGAUU